UCCUAAGUUCAUCUUAUUGUGCGGGCUUCAGACUUGACUUGUGACCUUGUUUGUUAUACACCAACAAUGGCGGCGAAUGGCUCCAAGAAGCAGCAUCCGGUUCGGGCCAUACCCGGACCCACGAACCCAAUGGUCACGCCUCUGCUCACGGAUCACUAUCAAUUCACCAUGGCUUACGCAUACUGGAAAGCUGGCAAGCAUCAAGAACGUGCUGUGUUCGAUUUGUAUUUUCGGAAGAAUCCCUUUGGCGGGGAGUAUACUGUCUUCGCUGGUUUGGAAGAAUGCGUGAGGUUCAUUGCUAAUUACAAGCUCACUGAGGAAGAGAUAGAUUUUAUCAAGAAAAAUUUAUCUGAUUCAUGUGAGGAUGGCUUCUUUGACUAUCUUAGGGGAAUUGACUGCUCUGAUGUCGAGUUGUAUGCUAUUCCUGAAGGAUCGGUGGUUUUUCCUAAGGUACCCAUGUUGAGAGUUGAAGGUCCAGUUGCCGUUGUUCAAUUGCUGGAAACUCCUUUUGUCAACCUAAUUAAUUUUGCGUCAUUAGUUACUACUAAUGCUGCAAGGCAUCGUUUUGUUGCUGGAAAAUCAAAAGUUCUACUUGAGUUUGGACUUCGAAGGGCCCAGGGGCCUGAUGGUGGAGUAGGUGCAUCAAAGUACUGCUAUAUUGGAGGAUUUGAUGCAACAAGCAAUGUUGCAGCUGCAAGAUUAUUCGGGAUUCCCCUUCGCGGCACUCAUUCCCAUGCCUUCGUUAGCUCAUUUAUGAGCCUUGACGAGAUUAUAGACAAAUCACUUCGUAGAAAAGAUGGUUCAAGUGCAUGUGAAGAUUUUGUUAGUUUGGUUCAAAGAUGGCUGAGCAAAAUUCAGUGGUCAAAUUCAUUACGUGGCGUUUUUGCUGAAACCAAUCAAAGCGAGCUGGCAGCAUUCACAUCAUAUGCAUUGGCAUUUCCUGAUAGCUUUCUUGCCCUUAUAGAUACUUAUGAUGUCAUGAGAAGUGGAAUCCCUAACUUCUGUGCAGUUGCAUUAGCUCUCAAUGAUUUGGGAUACAAAGCAGUUGGCAUUAGACUGGACUCUGGUGACCUUGCAUAUUUGUCUUGUGAGGUCAGGAAGCUCUUUUGCUCGAUUGAGAAGGAAUUUGGAUUGUCCGGUUUUGGAAAGAUGACUAUCACAGCUAGUAAUGAUCUUAAUGAGGAAACACUAGAUGCUUUAAAUAAACAGGGUCACGAGGUUGAUGCCUAUGGAAUUGGGACAUACCUGGUUACAUGUUAUGCUCAAGCUGCUUUAGGUGUUGUUUUCAAGCUGGUUGAGAUAAAUAAUCAACCUCGAAUCAAACUUUCUGAAGAUGUCUCAAAGGUAUCUAUUCCAUGUAAGAAGCGAAUUUAUAGAUUGUAUGGGAAAGAAGGUUAUCCCCUGGUAGACAUAAUGACUGGGGAAAAUGAACCCUCUCCAAAGGUGGGAGAAAGAAUCCUGUGCCGUCAUCCCUUUCAAGAAUCCAAGAGAGCUUAUGUGGUGCCACAACAUGUUGAGGAGCUUCUGAGGUGUUACUGUGCUGGGAGUUCAGAUAAAAAGAGUGAGACUUUGCCACCUCUAAGGGACAUUAGAGAGCGAUGCAUCAAGCAACUUGAGCAAAUGCGACCUGACCACAUGAGGAGACUUAAUCCUACUCCGUACAAGGUCAGUGUAAGUGCAAAGUUAUAUGACUUCAUUCAUUUCUUGUGGCUCAACGAGGCACCUGUUGGCGAGCUGCAGUAAAAGGAAAAUAAAAUGGCAUGCUUCUUAAAGAUGGGGGCAAAAACAGAUUGCGAUAGUAGUUUCUUUCUUAUAAUCACAGCAUAUACAUGUAUUCAAAAUGGUUUCAAAUUA